CAUUCCUCGAUAACCUGUGCAGGUUGUGUUGUGCUGGAGUGGACAUGGACUUCGACUUGUCAUCAGCUGUGGGGAAGGACGAUAAGGUGGAGAAGAAGGAUGCCUCUGGCCAGGACCAGAAUUUGUCCUGGUUUGGACACAAGAAGGAUAAGGACAAGAGUGACAGUAAAUCCAAGUCUGACUGCAAGGAUAAGUCAAAGCACUCUGCAAAGAAGCACAAAGAGCACAAGGAUAAAGUGCACAAGAAGGACAAAGUGCACAAGAAGGAUAAAGAGCACAAGAAGAAAGACAAGGAAGGAAAAGAUGGAAAUGAGUCAGACUCCUCUUCAUCCUCCUCAUCUUCCUCUUCCAGCAGUGAUUAAGAGAAGAAGAAGAAGCACUGAAUGACUGAUUCUUCUUUUGGGACCAGUCUCCGUAUUCCUGCUGUAUUUGUGCCUAUUACAGAAUAGAUGUGUGUGUGGCGGCGAUGCUGUCCUGUGACUGGUUUCAUGGAAGCACAGGUUUUGAGUAAAUAAAAUAUAAAAUGACUUGGAUUAAACAACAGAGUGGCCAGAACGAUUUGUGUAGGUACAUUUCCAUUUAGUGCUCCCUUCAAGUGAAGGGUUUACAUUUGAGCAGAAGGUGGCAGCAUUUUCAAAAAACAAAAGUACUUCAUAGGACAUUUUUGCACCUUCAGUUCACUGAAUCUGUUUUCCUGAUAACUUCUUAUGCAUGUAAGAAUGGUGCAUCAUAUGUAUGUUGCAUUUUUUUCAUUUGUAAAAUAAAUGUGAAACCAAA